AUGGAACCCUCUCUCCUCAGCGGCGGCGUCGCCGCGGGUCUCGCCGCCGCGUUCGGCGCCCCGAUCGGCGGCGUGCUCUUCUCUCUCGAGGAAGCGAGCACGCACUGGAGCCACGACACGACGUGGCGGUCGCUGCUGUGCUCGACGCUGGCGAUCCUGACGCUGUCGCUCUGCCGCGCGGUCGGCGCCGGCGCCGGCGCCGGGCCCGGUCCCGGACGCGCCGGGUUCCUCUCGCUCACCGCGCCCGGUCUCAUCUCGUUCGGGUCGUCCGACGGCGCGCCGCCCGCGCGCUUUUACGCGUGGGAGCUCCUCGCGUUCGCCGCGCUCGCCGCGUGCGCCGGGUUCGUCGCCGCGUUUCUGACGCGCGCGGCGAAGGCGUUGUCGCCGCGACGACCGAAGACGGGCGCGUGGCGCGUCGCGGAGGCGACCGCGACCGCGUUCGUCGUCGUCACCGUCGCGUUCUUCGCGGCGACGUUUCUCGGCGUUUGCCGCGAGAUUCCGGGGGGAGACGCAGACGCGAACGACGCGUCGUCCGCCGCCGGCGGGGGCGCCGGCUCCGAGAUUUGGACCCCCGCGGUCGCGGUGGCGCUUCGGUGCCCUCCCGGCGCGUUCAACGACCUCGGCGCGCUUCUCCUCGGCCUUCGCGACGACGUCAUCGCCGCGUUGUUGUCCGAGACGGAGGAACACUCCGUCUUCACCCCGAGGUCCGUCGCCGUCGCGCUCGUGAUCACCGUCGUCGCGAUGGCGUUCGCGUGCGACGUCUCGCUCCCCGCCGGGAUGUUCAUGCCGACGAUCCUGUGGGGCGCGCUGCUCGGACUUCUCUUCGGGCACGGUGCCAGGGCGUUCGCAUCGCACGUCUUCGCGGCGUCGAGCGGCGGCGCGAGCCUGAACCUGACGGCGGCUCCCGGCGCGUACGCGUUCGUCGGCGCCGUCGCCGCGCUCGCCGGGGUCUUCCGCGCGUCCAUCUCGUUGGUCGUCAUCAUGCUCGAGGGGACCGGGCGGGUCGGGUACCUCGUCCCUCUCCUGCUCGGCGUCGCCGUCGCGAACCUCGCCGGGCGCGUCGUGAACGGGCCGUCGCACUACGAGGAGCAGCUGAACGCGAAAGGCGUGCCGGUGUUGCGGCAUCACGACGCGGCGGCGCCGUCGGAUUCGCCGCACGCGUCGGACGUCGCGGAGAGGAGGAUGGCUGCGGACGUCGAAUGUUUCUCCGCGAUCGAGCGCGCGGAGCGUAUCGAGAAGACGCUCAGGGAGACGACGCAUAACGGGUUCCCGAUCACGACGAGCGAUGGGCGUCUCGUGGGGCUCGUGCUUCGGUCGCAGCUGAUGGUGCUGCUCGCGCGGCGCGCGUUCGUCGAACGCGUCACGCCGCCGCCGCCGCCGCCGCCGGGGUGGGGCGCGUCGUCUUAUCUGGACGCGUCCUUCUCGAACUCGAACUCGACCUCUCUCGACGAGGACGCCGCGUCGUGGGGGUUGCUGCCGGACGACGUCGAGAUCGCGCCGGCGGAAGGCGAACCGCCGGCGGAAGGCGAACCGACGGAGCAGCGAGCGGCCGCCGCCGCCGCCGCCGCCGCGUACUACGCGGCGAUCGACACGGACAUGCGGACGUUUCACCACCGCCACGCCUUCCACGACCGCCACGUCUCCACCUCCCGCGAAGCGAUCGACCGCCUCGGCCUCACGAACGUCGAGCGCGCGAUGCGAUGCGACCUCGGCGCGUUCAUGAAGAUCGCGCCGUUGUCCGUGACGCGGCGGUGUGCGAGCUGGAGGGCGCUCGGAUACUUUCGCGCGUGCGCGUUGAGGCACCUCGUCGUCGUGGACGACCGCAACGUCGUCGUCGGGAUGCUGACGCGGAAGGAUCUCAUCGGCGCGCCGCGCGGUACCGGCGGCGCCGGCACCGGCGGUGGAGGGGGACGCGGGCGCGUGGGGGAGAUUUUGAACGCCGCCGUGGACGUCGCGGCGCGCGAGGCGCUCGACCUCGACGCGAGCGGCGGCGACGAGAUUUUCGUCGGCGCCGGGAACCUGUGA